UCGACUGAGUUUGUCUCGGAGCUGUAGUCGUUCACUUCACUAGUCUAGCACACGUUUGCCGUCAGAGGAGCACCGGAGGAUUUGCUCUUGUUUUGUUCAAGAAAGCGGCUCUUUUUUUCUUUUCUUUUUCUUUUUCUUGCUUUUGAGGAAUAAAAGCGCGAGCACUUCUCUGUGCCGUUUUGUUGCGAUCGAUAUGAAGAAUCAAGAAAUAAAACGUCCAAAGUGGCCGAAGGACUGAAUAGGAUUGCUUCCUGCUCUCACUCCACAACUCACAAGAAGCAGAGCUGCGAUGGCCAAGUGGCUGAAAGACUACCUGAGCUUCGGCAGCAGGAAGGUGCCUCCUCAGCCGCCCACGCCUGACUACACAGAGAGCGAGAUUCUUAAAGCAUACCGCCUCCAGAGGGACCUUGACUUUGAGGAUCCAUACGAGGAAUCUGAAAACAGACCCAGAGGCGAGUCUGGGACUUCUGACCCUGCUACACCUGUGUAUGGGUCUCCAAUGAAGACAUCCACUGUGGAUAUGAAAUCUCCCAAACACAGACUGAUCAAAGUGGAUUCACAGGAGCUGGGGCGCACCAAGAUCCUCCUCAGUGCCAUCUCUUUAGAGGACCAGCAAGAGCCUGUGGUGCCAUCAGCCCCGCUGGCAGGAGACACAGAUUACUCUGACCCGUUUGAUGCUCGCUUAGACCACAGGCCAGAACCAGAUUACGGACCUGCUCCCUGCGAGAACAAUGGCUACAUGGAACCAUACGAGGCCCAGAGGGUCAUAACAGAGCUGCAGCGAGGACCAGGAGGAGGGCGAUCCCGGGGCGGGGUGCAGCUCUACGACACACCUUAUGAAGACGAGCGAGGCCAGCGCCCUGGUUUUCUGUACGGGGAACCUCAGGAGGAGGGUAAGGAGAGCAGCAGGCUGCCGCAAGAUGAUGAGCGACCAGCUGAUGAGUACGACCAACCCUGGGAAUGGAAAAAGGACAACAUCUCCAAAGCUUUUGCAGAGAUGAGGGAGUUGUCGGAGUUGCCCUGGCCUGCCCCGGUGGGUCAGAUGGAGGAGGAGCACCCCGUCAGAGAGCAAGUGCAGUUUGACGGCGCUGAAUGGGACCGCUCCUCGUCGCCCACAGACAGGUUGCGUCCUCCGGGGCCCAGAUCCAGCCCACUGGCAGGAGGGGGGAUGAAGUUUCGAAUGCCGCAGGACGGCCUGUCCACGGUUGGGGAGAGAGUGGACCCAACUCUGCCUCUGGAGAAGCAGGUAUGGUACCACGGUUCACUGUCGCGUUCAGAAGCAGAGUCGCUGUUAACGCUGUGUAAAGAGUGCAGCUACCUGGUGAGGAACAGUCAGACCAACCGCUCUGACUACUCCUUGUCCCUGCGGAGCUGCCAGGGUUUCAUGCACAUGAAGUUCACAAAAUGCAAAGACGGAAAGUACGUGCUCGGGCAGAACAGUCCUCCGUUUGAGACCAUAUCAGAGGUCAUCCACUUCUACACCACGCACAAACUCCCGAUCCGAGGAGCCGAGCACCUGUCUCUGCUGUUCCCCGUGCUCGUGCAGACACUCUGAUUGACCCUGAACCUCCUCCUUGAACUCCAGGGUUUUAUUGUGAUCGGACACUUGAAUGUUUUUUUUUUUAGCUCUCCCGAGCUGAGAAAAGGACCCUGUUCUCUUGUUGGACUGGACUACUUUUGAUGACUCAAAUGCCCUCACCCACCACUGCUGUUGUACCUGUGCCAAAAGUCUCUAACACCCGGGGGAUUGAUUUGCAUGAAUUGCAAUACCUGAACUUUAGGCUACCCCUCUCUCAUCUUCUCGCUGAGCAAAUAUGGGCAGACUUUAGGGCAUCGGAAACUUCUCCUUUUUCAAAUGUAUUUCUGACUGAAACGCAGAGGACGCUAGCAGAGCUGUACCUGAGAGAGGGUAUGUAAAUUGUGAAUGUACCGUUGCCCCAGUUUACAGAAGACCUACAGAAGAUUGAGAUAGAAUUACUGCUGUUUCCACAAAAACACCUCACUUACACUUGUUAAUAUAUUGCUGUUGUCAGGUGAAAACCUUGCUUGUCAUAUUUGCAGAAUUUUCAAGUUUAUACUCUAAUCAAUAAAUUGAAUUGCUGUGUAUAAGACGAGAAA